CUCUGCCAGACACAGAAUAGCGGGAGAGCCGCGCCACGUUGGCGGACAUCUCGGGUCAGUACCAAAGAAGUCGCCCAAGGAGCAUGUCAUUCGUCCGUGCAAUUGUCCGUCAGUUCAGCGGCGACUCCAGCAUUGAGACCAUAGACCAGAAGUUGGAAGCAGAACGUCUGCAACGGCUGGAACUACUCAAGGUGCAAAAAGAAGUUCGCCAUGCAAAUGCCAUGUAUCGUGGGGGAGGCAGCACGCUCCAAGAUGAUUUGUUGCGCCGAUCGCAUGCGACUGGCCAACGACAUGAGCGAAUGCGGCAGGACUCGAACGAAUGGGAGACCCGAUCGCGAGAAGGAUCGUAUGAAAUGAUAUCUCGGAAUGGGUCGUUUGACUUUUGCGAGGAUGCUGAACCAGAUGUGGAACCACACGGAGAACCUUGCUUUGUUGUCAUCCACCCACCUGUCUUUGUCGAUGCGGACCAGACUGCGGACGACCAAACGCGUACGGUGCGGGAAGACAAAGGUGUGGGGAUCGAUGCGACGGCUGCAUUAGUACAGCCCUUUGUUGAAGAUCUCAUCGACGGAGCUGUGGCGCAGUGCGUUUUGACGAAGGCCGUCAAGGCUUGUGCGGUCGACUACACAAAUACAUGGCUUGCCGUUGGAUCAUCGAACCGUGCAAUCCGGUCCACCCUCGCCAUUCAACUUGUUCGGUCUAGCAUAGACAGUGCCAUGGCGACUGUGGCAAAUCAGCAUCGAGAGGCGACAGCGAUGGCGGCAGAAGACGUGACAAUGCGUCAUAAGCAAGUCAAGGCUGCAUCUCCAGUCAACGCCGACUUUGAAAUCAAAUGUCGGCACACUGCCUUGGCGACGGAAGCGCUCGCUGCAUUCUACGCCGCCCGAGCGCAGAAGAAGCUCCUGCGAUCCCAAGCCAACAGAGGCGCCGAAGCUCGCAAGCUGCGCGAGAUGUCUGCUCCCACAAGCAGUUGGGCCAAGGUGCUCCAGCUCAUUGACGACCCUACCGCGCACCCGUCGUACGGCUCGAUGCAGGCCCCCGUCUCGCGGAUGUUUAAUGUGUUGCGCACGAGCGCGGCGUGAAAUGUCAUCUUGUCAAUAUUACACGUUGGAUUGCC